AUGGUUUCAUCAAAGCGCCAAGCCAACAUAGAUUUAUGCUUUACGAACUUUUCUCUCUUUCCUAAAGAGAUACAGCUUGAAAUUUGGUUCCAAGCGCUUCCAGAAGGACAACUCGUCUACCAUGAUUCUUUCGGGCCAUUCGAACUACCAAAGCCUUCUGCGCUAUACUACGCCUGUCUCAAUUCUCGCGAGGUUUAUCUUAAACACUACAAGCAACUAUACCUUCACAAUCUCACCUGUUCUCAAAAGGGGACCAGUGGCGAUAUAUACCCUUCGUUCUACAACCCAAUAAAGGAUACACUUGUAUACACAUGUGCCGAUCACCUUUUACUUCAACCAAUGCGCUGUUGUAGCACAGAGAAUAACUUGCUCUCUCAAGCUCGUCAUAUCGCCUUUGUAGCUGGUCGACAAUGUUAUGCUCUAUACGGAUCACCUACGUCGCACGAUCCCAGAUAUAGGCCGUUGGCUCUGUCACCAGAAUUUGGAUUUGGGAUUUGGAAGUAUAUCUACGAACAGUUCCUCUACAUCAAUCCUGUAAUCGAAUCGGUUUCCUAUGUGGUUGGAAGGACUACGAUCAACAAGACAGGCAGAUCGUACUCUGAGAUGAGGUUGGUAACGACGAUAGAUGAGUUCGGCAAGCAUCCGUUGUUCAAGUGA